AGCCGGUAUCGCAGGAAUGAAAGAGCGUGGAGAUUUGAAAUUGCAGGGAAUGGAGACAAGGCGGUGCAGAAGACGAGCUGCCUGGGGGGCAAGAGGCCCAAGACCGGUGCCAGACUUCUCCAGAAAAUAAACCCCGGGGCGGCGAGCAGGGGCGAGGCUGCGCUGGCGCGGGCGGCUGAGCGGAGCCGGUGGACAUCGGAGCCCGCAGCAGCUCUCGGGGCGCGGAGCAGCGCCGCGGGUUUGGGCUGACAGCGGGGGCUCGGCGCCGUGCCGGGCUGGGGCGGCGGCGGCGCUGGCGGGGCCCUGCUCGUUUCUGUAGGAUUUCACAAUUCCAAAUUGCCCCGUGGGCUUCUUUGCCUUCCGUGAUACCGUAUUCUUGGCAGUGCUGUGGUGUGGGAAGAAGGCUGAGGGCAGCUUUAUCAACUUGAACACAAAGGCACAUAAUCUCACUGGGACAGCAGAAGGUGAUACAGAGAAGGAAUAUACAGAGAGAGCACAGUCUUUUUUUUGGUGACCACAGUCAACUCAUGAAGAGUGAGUGCUCUCAGCCACCUACAAAAUACCGUGGAGAAAAUGUAUGCUAGUCGAGAGGAUAUUGGAUAUGAUUUUGGAGAUGACUCGAAAGCCGGAAAUAAGCCAAUUAAGCCUAAUCCAAACAUUGAUGGAGGAUGGGCUUGGAUGAUUGUACUUUCCUCUUUCCUUGUGCACAUACUUAUCAUGGGGUCCCAAAUGGCCCUUGGAAUACUCAACAUGGAGUGGCUUGAAGAGUUUAAUCAAAGUCGUGGCUUAACAGCAUGGGUUAGCUCCCUCAGCAUGGGCAUUACGCUUAUUGUAGGUCCUUUCAUUGGUUUGUUCAUCAGCAUGUGUGGGUGCCGCAAGACAGCUAUAAUUGGAGGGAUUUUGAAUGCCCUAGGUUGGAUACUGAGUGCCUAUGCCUCAAAUGUGCACUACCUCUUCCUUACGUUUGGAGUGACAGCCGGUGUUGGAAGUGGCAUGGUUUAUUUGCCUGCGGUGGUCAUGGUAGGACAGUAUUUUCAGAAGAGAAGAGCUCUGGCACAAGGACUCAGUACCACGGGAACAGGGUUUGGAGCUUUCCUAAUGACUGCCUUACUGAAGUACCUCUGCGCCGAAUUUGGGUGGAGGAACGCCAUGUUCAUCCAGGGUGCCAUCUCCCUGAACCUUUGUGUCUGCGGGGCGCUUAUGAGACCACUCUUUCACGUUGUUAGUGAAAAACAUGUUGUGAGAAGUAAUAGUGAAGAUAAUCAGGCAAAAGCUCUGUCCCAUUCUGCAGAGACUAUAAAAUCUAAUGGAAUCAUCAGUGAAGAACUGGAAAAAAAAGAAGAGGAAACAAAUGAAGAAGUGCUUGACAGUGUUCAGCACACAGAAAUUGGAGGUAAAUCUAGAAGCGGAAGGAGUAUGUAUGGACUGCGCAUUCUUAAGACAGUGAGCCAGCUGACAGUUACAGUCAGGAAGGGCUUUGCAAUAUGGUACUCCAGCUACUUUGGAGCUGCAUCACUGUUUACCAAUAGAGUAUUUGUGGCCUUUAUAAUUUGGGCUUUGUUUGCCUACAGCAGCUUUGUCAUUCCCUUUAUUCAUCUUCCAGAAAUAGUCAAGCAGUACAACUUAUCUAGUCAGAAUAAUAUAUUUCCCUUGACAUCCAUUAUAGCCAUUGUGCAUAUUUUUGGUAAAGUGAUCCUUGGAAUCAUCUCUGAUCUCCCGUGCAUCAGCACAUGGAAUGUCUUCCUCAUGGCUAACUUUACACUGGUCACCUGCAUUCUUACUUUGCCACUAAUGCAAACGUACGUUACCCUGGCUGUGGUUUGUGCUCUAAUAGGAUUUUCUAGUGGCUAUUUUUCUCUAAUGCCUGUUGUGACUGAAGAUUUAGUUGGAACUAAACACCUUGCAAAUGCCUAUGGCAUCAUCAUUUGUGCCAAUGGAAUAUCUGCAUUGCUUGGACCACCCUUUGCAGGUAAAAAGUUGGAUCUAUGACAUGACACAUAAAUAUGAUUUUUCUUUUUACAUAUCUGGCUUGCUAUAUAUGGUGGGAAUAAUAUUUUUACUUAUACAACCUUGUAUUCAAAAGAAACAACCAAGAGAAAAAUCUGCGGAAGAAGCACAAGUAUAGAACAAAUUCCAGAAGUUUUUUUACAGAUUUUUUUUGUUUUCAAGUUUCUAUUGUACGACAGUAUGCAGCUGUUUUUGGUAUGGAACCAACCACAUCGAGCUGUACUUAAGUGAAAAGCAAAUGUGCUCCAAAAUUAUAAUAAAUUAUUAGAAAGAUGGUUUUAAAAGGAGUUAAGAUCUUUUACUUUAGAACUAACAAACAUAGUGAUUAAAAGCACCCUGCUAGUCUUUUAAAAUUGGAACAAUGCUAGGAGCCUUUACCCUUGCUUCUCUUUUAACUUUUCACCACUACCCAUUGGUGAAACUCCAUUGACUGCAGUGCAGUUGCUCCUGAUUUAUGCUAAUCCUACGGGAGAAUUUGAUCAGGAUAUGAAUGGUUUAUAAAAGUCCUUUCUAUUAUGUAUUCUGUCUGGCAAAAGAUUAGUUACUGAGUAUGAGAAAAUGAUUGUAUUUCUCACCUGACUAGUCAAGUACUGUUGAAAUGCUAGCACAAUAAUUCGGCUAAUUCAGUAUGUUAAAAUUAGUAUUUCUGUGAUGAAAAAGUGAAAAAAAGUUCUUAUUUUUCUCCGAAAUGACUCUCUACUUCAAGGAAUUUUUAUUUUAUUUUUUAAAGUAUCACUGCACGAUCUCGUAGCCAUCCUCAAUAAAUAGGCUGCAUUAUAAAUGCUGUGACAUUUAAUGUAAGUGCAGUAAAACAAACAUAGAACCAGAAACAGGCAACAUAUGGAAAAUACUAUUGUUAUUCACAGACUGGAAAAUGUUUCCAGAAACAGUUUGAAGUUUCUGGCUGGUUUACCUAAUGAGAGGUAUUGUAGAACUUUGUGACAUUGCCAUUGACUUCUUCCGUGGGACUGGUUUUCAAGUAAACAGUACUAAAGAAACAGAGUUAGGCAAAAUUGGCCAGUUUCAGAAAGAACUGAACUACAGCACAGUAAACUUUGUUGCAAUUAAUUUAAUAACAAAACCUGUUACAUUGUAAGCAGUUGUGUUGCUGCUCAUAAUACACACCAUGAACUUUGUAAGACUGGUCACGUUUGAGAUAUUUAUUCACUAGAAAAUUAGAUAAUGCAGAGCAUGGAAGAACUGAAGAUCAUUGAAAACACUCAAAUAAGUUUUCUUAAACAACAUUCAGCACCUGGCAAUCAAUGCAGAAUGUUUUGUGUGGUGCUGCAAGGCACACUCUUUCCAACUUUGAGAGUCUGGUGUUACUUUUCCUAUCAAAUAAAAGUCACUGUAAGUUUGCAUCCUGCUAGCUUUAUGCAAGUUUUUUCAUGACAAAUCAGGUUCUUAGUUUAAUACUGAUAUCUGCUGCUGGAAUUCUUUAAAAACAACUUAUUCUAUUUGAACAAAUAUUGGUAAACAUUUCAAUAUGUAACAAUGUCAUUAUACAGAUCUUUUUGAUAGCUGCAAGGUUAGUUAAAAAACAGUUCUGAACUGCAACUCAUAUUGUUCUAUAUUGCAAUUCACCAGCUUCCUAGUUUUGCACUUCUACAACUGUUGGCAGGGACAUACUUUAAAAUAGAUCACUGAAAUAAGCCAAGUUGAAAAAAAACCCUUAAGGAAAUCCCGAACUACUUUAAGAUUUAGAUCAGGCCAUUCAUAGAGGAUAGUUACGCAUGGCCUUUAAAAUUCACAUUAAAACAACUGCAGUGACACUGAACCGCAACACAUGAUGUGAACACACAGUCAAUAAUUUCUUAAAAUAAUUUCUUAAAAUGGAGAAAAUGCUUGUCUAAACCACACUCUUACAUCAGUUCUUUUGUUACAGGUUUAAUAUGUUCUUGGUGUGAAUGCUGCUGCUAGCUAAUUUUAACUGAACUAUCUUUUAUUGGUGAUAUAUAUAUAUAUAUUGUAGUGAUGAUUUCCCUCAAUUUCCCUUUUCUUUCUUUUUGAAAGAUAUGUACCCUUUAUACGUAGAUGUUCACUUUGUCUAUUGUCAAAACCAACUUUAUUUGCAUAUUGCUGUGAUGAAUAUGUUGUUCACUUAUGAUAUUUGCAAUAUAUCUUUCUAUAGAAGUCCUUACUGGGCUAUAUGAUGGGAAUAAACUUACAUUACCCAAAA